UUCUCUUUACUUGCCUUUCACCUCAUUCCCUGGCCUUUAGUAACCUUAUCCUGGUCAGGCCUUUUUUACCGUAACCGCCUACCGGUGACCGGAGAAUGAAACACGCUGAUUUUCCCGACAACAUAUCACCGUUUCCCCAUGCCGGAGACCUACUGUAUUGUCACCGGACCGCCCUCACUUAUUCCAAUGGGACCGAAUUUCGACCGCCGUUGCCUCUCCAGAAGCUCCGCCCCAUCAGAGGCAACAGGGGAGAGCCGGUUGAGUAUUCAGAAUGUCCAGCGAAUUUCCACGAAGUUGAGUUUCCGGAAAAGGCUGCACCGGAAAACCUACUGAACUGUCAGGAGUCGGUUGUUGCCCUUCCACCAGAAAUCGAGUUUCAGCCUCCAGUAAUGCUACAAACGCUCCCUCCAAUUAGAACAGGUGGGGAUCCGACCGAGUGUUGUGAUUCUCCGGCGAACGUCAGUGAAGUAGAGCUGCCGGAGGAAGAAGGCGAUACUGGAAACGGGUGGUCGCAGGAGGAUACUCUUGCGCUGCUGAAAAUCCGGUCGGAAAUGGAUGCCGAGUUUAGGGAUACAAACCCUAGUGGACCUCUGUGGGAGAUCGUGUCCAGGAAACUUGAAGGACUGGGUUACCACAAAAACCCAAAAAAUUGCAAAGAGAAAUUCAAGAACAUUUACAAGUCAUACAAGAGAUCUAAACAAAAGCAAGUGAGCAACCAAGGUGAUAAAAUGUACAAGUUUGUUGAUGAACUCGAAGCUUUAUGUAGUCAAAAUAACAAUAAUCCAACUGCAGAAACCCUGAAAUUGGAUGAUGCUAGAAUCCAAACCCCAGACCCUGUUCAGAACUCACAUCAAAUUAUCAAUGUGGGGACCAACUCAAUUGAUUUCUGGUCCGAUUUCAGUUCUUCUGAUGAAGAUAAUAAUGAUGACUCUAUGUCAGAGGACAUCAUAGAACCCAUGAAUUGGAAAAGGAAGAGAAAAACAAGGAUGAAGCUUGAGGUUUUCUUUGAAAAUUUAAUGCAUAAGGUAAUCAAGAAGCAAGAGGAGAUGCAUAGACAGUUGAUGGAGAUAAUAGAGAAGAGGGAGAGGGAUAGGAUUAUCAGAGAAGAAGAAUGGAAGCAGCAAGAGAUGGAGAGGGUCAAAAGAGAUAAGGAGAUGAGAGCCCAAGAGGCUUCUCGCAGCUUAGCCAUUAUUUCCUUCAUAGAGAAGGCUAUGGGACAGCAGUUCUACAUUCCACCGUCCCCAGAAUACUUGUAUCCAGGAGAAGAACAAGAUGAGAAGCAUGAUAAGACAGAUCAUAGUUUUGACCCUAAUAACAGGAGAUGGCCAAAGUCUGAGGUACAAGCCCUCAUCACGCUUCGAACCUCAAUGGAUCGUCAAUUUCGAAGUACUGGCCCAAAAGUUCCUAUGUGGGAAGAGAUAUCUCUUGCAAUGUCUUCCAUGGGCUAUAGCCGCAGUGCUAAGAAGUGUAAAGAGAAAUGGGAGAAUAUCAACAAGUACUUCAAGAGAUCAAUAGAAAGUGGCAAGAAGCGCCCUGAAAAUGCAAAGACAUGCCCAUAUUUUCAUGAAUUGGCUAUCCUGUACAAAAAUGGAUUCAUCAAUUCUGGAAACGCCUCUAAUAAUGCAAUUAAAGAAGAUGAAGACAGGAGCACAACUGAAGAAAUACUGGCAACUUAGGUAUCAGUUUCUAUUUCAAUGCCAUAGACAUUGAACAAGGUCAUGAAAGCUCAGUCUGAUAUUCCCCAAUUUAUUUAGUGGUUUUCCCUGGUGCUUUGGUAUUCUUUUCUUCAGUCUGUUUGAUCUUGUUUACUUGGGCAUAAAGAGAUGAUAUAAUUCUGUUCUUUGUGUAUGCUUACAAUGGAUUGGACAUUGAAAACAGUACAAAUAACUUGCAUUUUUUAUGAAAUAAUACAGAAUGUCUACUC